UUGGAAACAGGUGAGCUCGAGCAGAACGGAUCUCUAUGGGAUCAGUGAAGAUGUUCCAGAUGAAGAUGCUGGAAUGGGCCAUAGUCCUACUGGCCCUGCAGUCUGCAUAUGCAGAACUGAAUCCGGAUCACCAAUCCACCAUCUGUAGCACAUGGGGAAAUUUUCACUUCAGGACCUUUGAUGGUCAUUUCUAUCAAAUGGCUGACACAUGUAACCAUAUUCUGGCUGGGAUGUGUGACACGCAUGCCUCAGAUUUUAACAUCCAAAUGCAAAGAACAAUUGUGAAUGGCUCGGUUACUUUCACCUCAGUCAAAUUAGAGCUGGAGGGGACGUCCAUCAAAUUUAGUCAAGGCAACAUCUUCAUGGACAACAAAGUGGUAUCUAUUCCCAUGAGUCAGAAUGGAAUUAAAAUCGAGGGAAGCUCUUCGAGUGUUAAGGUCUCCAAAUAUGGAGUGACUGUUUUUUGGGAGGAAGAAGAUCACUCUAUGGUGAUUGAACUUGCUGAGAAGUACCGAGGUCAGACAUGUGGACUCUGUGGAAACUUCAAUGGCAACACAAAUGAUGACGUGAUUGUAACAGAUCCAGAGACGUGGAAGGUGUCCAAAUCAGCUGAACCAUGUGAAAAAGUUCCACUUCCCCCCAGCAAUCAGUGUAAAAAACAGGUUGACAUUUGUAAGCAGUAUCUGAAGAGUUCAGGGUUUGAUGGCUGUCGCCCUCUGAUGAACCUGAGUUCAUUUGAGAUAGUUUGCGCAGACGACCUUUGUCAAUGUCCUGGCAACCAAGACUGUGUCUGCAACACGCUUACGGAAAUAUCACGACAGUGCACGCAUGCUGGUGGCAGGCCGGGAACGUGGAGAACAGACAAACUAUGUCCAAAGACAUGUCCACUAAACAUGGUAUACAUGGAGUGUGCUGGCCCAUGCAAAAACACCUGCUCCACCCCAAAUGGAGCCCUGCUGUGUACAGAUCACUGUACAGAUGGCUGUUUCUGCCCUGAGGGCACUGUGGAAGACAACAUUGGUAACAGUGGUUGCGUUCCUAUAAACAAAUGCCCAUGUAUACACGACGGCACAAUAUACCAGACUGGAGAGUCAUAUGAGCAAGCGUGUAAAAAAUGCGAGUGUGCUGCUGGACGCUGGAGUUGCACGGAUCUGGAAUGUCCUGGAAUCUGCUCUGUUGUGGGAGGCUCUCACAUCACCACCUAUGAUGGAAAAACCUUCAGCUUUAAUGGCAACUGUGACUACAUCCUCACUAAGCACUCUAAUGACAGCAGUAUUGCUGUUGUUGGAAAUCUGAAGUGUGAGCCGAGCCGAACAGACAUGUGUUUGAAUUCUGUUACUCUGAUCAUGUCAGGGACCAUAGUGACCACUGUAACUUUUUCAUCCAGUGGGACUGUCACGCUAAAUGGAAUCAGUCCAGAUAUGUUGCCAAUAAUCACAGAGCAACUGGUCAUCUACCAGCCCUCAUCAUCCUUCAUUAUCGCUGAAACAAAGAGUCUUCUUCUAGAGAUCCAAAUAUCUCCACUCAUGCAGUUGUAUAUUGUAGCCAGCACCUCAGAGAAAGGCAAAAUGAGUGGUCUGUGUGGGAACUAUAACGGUGUCCAGAAAGAUGACUUUAAAACAAAUUCAGGCGUUAUAGAGGGAACACCAACAUCCUUUGUCAACUUUUGGAAAAAAAACCCAUACAGUUGUCGAGAUGUUAAAAACACAUAUGACAACCCCUGCAGUCUGAGAGUGGAAACAGAAAAACUUGCAAAAGAUUGGUGUUCCCGUCUGACGGAUCCAAAUGGAAUCUUCUCCUCGUGUCAUUCAGAAAUAACUCCUGACAUUUACUAUCAAAACUGCGUUUAUGACACCUGUAAGUGUGCUGAUAUUGGAAAGUGUAUGUGUGCUGCCCUCUCCGCCUAUGCCCAUGCAUGUUCCGCAAGAGGGAUCAUUCUCCACGGAUGGAUGGAUUCAUACCCCUGUGACAAAGUGUCCGAGUGUUCAGACAAUAUGAAGUACUCCUACAAUGUGACCGGUUGUAGCAAAACCUGUCAUUCUAACUUUAAGACCGACUACACCUGCAAAAUGUCUACACCUGUGGAAGGCUGUGUUUGUUCUGAAGGGACUUACCUAAACGAUGCAGGCGACUGUGUGAGUGCUGACCAGUGUCCUUGUUACUAUAGCAACCUGGUCAUAGAGCCAUCAGGAUCAAUAAACAUUGAUGGUGCCAACUGCACCUGCACCCUCGGCAAAUUAAACUGCUACCGUCCAGAAGACUGUGUGGCUCCAAUGGUCUACGUCAAAUGUUCAAUUAAUGAACAGGGAAAAACAGGAUCAGAGUGUCAAAUGACAUGCCAGAACCAAGAUCCAAAUAACUGCGUCAGCACAGGUUGUGUAUCAGGUUGUAUGUGCCCAGAUAACCUGCUAGCCGAUGGUCAAGGUGGCUGUGUAGAGAAGGAAAACUGUCCCUGUUUUCACGAUGGAUUAACUUAUUCACCUGGGGAUGAGAUUCAAGACGAAUGCAACACAUGCAAAUGCACAAAAGGGAUGUGGAGUUGUACUGAUAAAAAUUGUUACGGCACCUGUACCAUCUAUGGUGAAGGACAUUAUAAGACUUUCGAUGGAAGAAAAUAUUUUUACCACGGAGCCUGUGAAUACAUCUUAGCACAAGAUUACUGCAACAUGGGGGAGAGUCAAUACUCAUUACGUAUUGUUACAGAAAACAUUCCCUGUGGCUCCACCGACUCCAUUUGCUCCAAAUCUAUCAAUCUUUUCUUUGGGAGAAACAAAGUGGUUUUAUCUGAAGCGGAUGGAGUAAAGGUUAUUGAAACCAAUGGAACCGACUUCCAAUAUCAAAUCAAUUCUGUGGGGAUUUACAAAGUCAUUGAGAUCAAAAAGCUUUUAAACUUAAUUUAUGAUGGCAAAACAACCCUGACGCUCCAACUCCAUCCCAGCUUAAAGGGCAAAGUGUGUGGACUGUGUGGAGACUUUGACGGUAAUGCAAACAACGACUUUGUAAAGCACGAUGGAGAAGAAGUCACUGAUGCGGUGGUGUUUGGGAAUAGCUGGAAAGUGAAACCAAGCUGCCCAGAAGUGGACAGUUUGAAAGACCCUUGUGAGAAAAACCCUCACCGGAGUGUCUGGGCUAUCAAACAAUGCAGCAUCAUUACAAGCAAUGUCUUUCAAGACUGCCAUGCACAUGUGGACUCUGCCCCAUACUAUGAUGCCUGUGUGAGGGACACCUGUGCAUGUGAUUCUGGGGGAGACUGUGAUUGUUUCUGUACAGCAGUGGCUGCUUAUGCGGCUGAAUGCCGAAAGAAAGAGGCUUGCAUUGCAUGGCGGACUCCACAUAUUUGUCCUUUAUUCUGUGACUACUAUAAUGGCCCAGUGGGAGACUGUGAGUGGCACUACAGAGCCUGUGGUUCAGCCUGCAUGAAAACAUGCAAAAACCCAGAAGGGACCUGUUCCAAUCAAAUUCCUCUACUAGAAGGGUGUUUUCCUCAGUGCCCUUCUGACAGGCCAUUUUUAAAGGAAGAAACCCAAAAAUGUGUCACAGAGAUAGAGUGUGCUCCUACGUGUGUAUAUGAUGGGAAGGAGUUCAUGAUUGGAGAAGAAGUGUACCACACCACAGAUGGAAAUGGCUUGUGUUUCAAAGCUGUGUGUGGAUCAAAUGCAACAAUAAUUAGAUAUAUGGAAACUUGUGUCACAACAGCUACACCAUUUACUUUCCAAAGUACAAAAACAUCAACAACACCAACAACCAUACAACCAUCGACAACAACACAACCAACAACAGCUACUAAAACCACUGGUGCUUCAACAACUGCAGGACCAUCAACAGGAACAGCAGAAUCAACAACACAAGUAUCAACAACUUCUCAUACAACUGGUUUGUCCACAACUACAGGACCACCAACAACACAACAAACAACAGCUACACAAACCACUGCUGCUUCCACAACUGCAGGACCAUCAACGGAAACAGCACAAUCAACAACACAAGUAUCAACAACUUCUCAUACAACUGGUUUGUCCAAAACUACAGCACCACCAACAACACAACCAACAAAAGCUACACAAACCACUGGUGCGUCCACAACUGCAGGACCAUCUACGGGAACAGCACAAUCAACAACACAAGUAUCAACAACUUCUCCCACCACUGGUUUUUCCACAACUACAGGACCACCAACAACACAACCAACAACAGCUACACAAACCACUGGUGCUUCCACAACUGAAGGACCAUCAACAGAAAAAGCACAAUCAACAACACAAGUAUCAAAAACUUCUCACACCACUGGUUUUUCCACAACUACAGGACCACCAACAACACAACCAACAUCAGCUACACAAACCACUGGUGCUUCCACAACUGCAGAACCAUCAACGGAAACAGCACAAUCAACAACACAAGUAUCAACAACUUCUCAUACAACUGGUUUGUCCACAACUACAGCACCACCAACAACACAACCAACAACAGCUACACAAACCACUGGUGCUUCCACAACUGCAGGACCAUCAACAGAAACAGCACAAUCAACAACACAGGUAUCAACAACUUCUCAUACAACUGGUUUGUCCACAACUACAGGACCACCAACAACACAACAAACAACAGCGACACAAACCACUGGUGCUUCCACAACUGCAGGACCAUCAACGGAAACAGCACAAUCAACAACACAAGUAUCAACAACUUCUCAUACAACUGGUUUGUCCACAACUACAGCACCACCAACAACACAACCAACAACAGUUACACAAACCACUGGUGUGUCCACAACUGCAGGACCAUCAACAGAAACAGCACAAUCAACAACACAAGCAUCAACAACUUCUCAUACCACUGUUUUGUCCACAACUACAGGACCACCAAAAACACAACAAACAACAGCUACACAAACCACUGGUGCUUCCACAACUGCAGGACCAUCAACGGAAACAGCAGAAUCAACAACACAAGUAUCAACAACUUCUCAUACAACUGGUUUGUCCACAACUACAGGACCACCAACAACACAACCAACAAAAGCUACACAAACCACUAGUGCUUCCACAACUUCAGGACCAUCAACGGGAACAGCACAAUCAACAACACAAGUAUCAACAACUUCUCACACCACUGUUUUUUCCACAACAACAGGACCACCAACAACACAACCAACAACAGCUACACAAACCACUGGUGCUUCCACAACUGCAGGACCAUCAACGGGAACAGCACAAUCAACAACUCAAGUAUCAACAACUUCUCACACCACUGGUUUUUCCACAACAACAGGAACACCAACAACAGAACCAACAACAGCUACACAAACCACUGGUGCGUCCACAACUGCAGGACCAUCAACGGGAACAGCACAAUCAACAACACAAAUAUCAACAACUUCUCAUACCACUGGUUUGUCCACAACAACAGUAGCACCAACAACACAACCAACAACAGCUACUCAAACCACUGGUGCAUCCACAACUGCAGGACCAUCCACAGGAACAGCACAAUCAACAACACAAGUAUCAACAAAUUCUCAUACCACUGGUUCGUCCACAACAACAGGACCACCAACAACACAACCAACAACAGUUACACAAACCACUGGUGUUUCCACAACUGCAGGACCAUCAACAGGAACAGCACAAUCAACAACAGAAGUAUCAACAACUUCUCAUACCACUGGUUCGUCCACAACAACAGGACCACCAACAACACAAACAACAACAGCUACACGAACCACUGGUGCGUCCACAACUGCAGGACCAUCAACAGAAACAGCACAAUCAACAACACAAGUAUCAACAACUUCACAUACCACUGGUUUGUCCACAACAACAGGAGCACCAACAACAAAACCAACAACGGCUACACAAACGACUGGUGCGUCCACAAUUGCAGGACCAUCAACCGUAACAGCACAAUCAACAACACAAGUAUCAACAACUUCUCAUACCACUGGUGCGUCCACAACUGCAGGACCAUCAACCGGAACAGCACAAUCAACAACACAAGUAUCAACAACUUCACAUACCACUGGUUUGUCAACAACUACAGGACCACCAACAACACAACCAACAACAGCUACACGAACCACUGGUGCUUCCACAACUGUAGGACCAUCAACGGGAAAAGCAAAAUCAACAACACAAGUAUCAACAACUUCUCAUACCACUGGUUUGUCCACAACAACAGGAGCACCAACAACAAAACCAACAACGGCUACACAAACGACUGGUGCUUCCACAACUGCCGGACCAUCCACAGGAACAGCACAAUCAACAACACAAGUAUCAUCAACUUCACAUACCACUGGUUUGUCAACAAAUACAGGACCACCAACAACACAACCAACAACAGCUACACGAACCACUGGUGCUUCCACAACUGUAGGACCAUCAACGGGAACAGCAAAAUCAACAACACAAGUAUCAACAACUUCUCAUACCACUGGUUUGUCCACAACAACAGGAACACCAACAACACAACCAACAACAGCUACACAAACCACUGGUGCUUCCACAACUGCAGGACCAUCCACAGGAAUAGUACAAUCAACAACACAAGUAUCAACAACUUCUCAUACCACUGGUUUGUCCACAACAACAGGAACACCAACAACAGAACCAACAACAGCUACACAAACCACUGGUGCUUCAACAACUGCAGGACCAUCAACAGGAACAGCACAAUCAACAACACAAGUAUCAACAACUUCUCAUACCACUGGUUUGUCCACAACAACAGGACCACCAACAACACAAACAACAACAGCUACACGAACCACUGGUGUUUCCACAACUGCAGGACCAUCAACGGGAACAGCACAAUCAACAACACAAGUAUCAACAACUUCUCAUACCACUGGUUUGUCCACAACAACAGGACCACCAACAACACAAACAACAACAGCUACACGAACCACUGGUGCGUCCACAACUGCAGGACCAUCAACAGAAACAGCACAAUCAACAACACAAGUAUCAACAACUUCACAUACCACUGGUUUGUCAACAACUACAGGACCACCAACAACACAACCAACAACAGCUACACAAACCACUGGUGCUUCCACAACUGCAGGACCAUCCACAGGAAUAGUACAAUCAACAACACAAGUAUCAACAACUUCUCAUACCACUGGUUUGUCCACAACAACAGGACCACCAACAACAAAACCAACAACAGCUACACAAACCACUGUGACUUCCACAACAACAGGACCAUCAACGGGAACAGCACAAUCAACAACACAAGUAUCAACAACUUCUCAUACCACUGGUUUGUCCACAACUACAGGACCACCAACAACACAACCAACAACAGCUACACAAACCACUGGUGCAUCCACAACUGCAGGACCAUCCACAGGAACAGCACAAUCAACAACACAGUUAUCAACAACUUUUCAUUCCACUGGUUUGUCCACAACAACAGGACCACCAACAACACAACCAACAACAGCUACACAAACCACUGGUGCUUCCACAACUGCAGGACCAUCAACGGGAACAGCACAAUCAACAACACAAGUAUCAACAACUUCUCAUACCACUGGUUUGUCCACAACUACAGGACCACCAACAACACAACCAACAACAGCUACACAAACCACUGGUGCAUCCACAACUGCAGGACCAUCCACAGGAACAGCACAAUCAACAACACAGUUAUCAACAACUUUUCAUUCCACUGGUUUGUCCACAACAACAGGACCACCAACAACACAACCAACAACAGCUACACAAACCACUGGUGCAUCCACAACUUCAGGACCAUCCACAGGAACAGCACAAUCAACAACACAAGUAUUAACAACUUCUCAUACCACUAGUGCGUCCACAACUGCAGGACCAUCAACCGGAACAGCACAAUCAACAACACAAGUAUCAACAAUUUCACAUACCACUGGUUUGUCAACAACUACAGGACCACCAACAACACAACCAACAACCGCUACACAAACCACUGGUGCUUCCACAACUGCAGGACCAUCAACGGGAACAGCAAAAUCAACAACACAAGUAUCAACAACUUUUCAUACCACUGGUUUGUCCACAACAACAGGACCACCAACAACACAACCAACAACAGCUACACAAACCACUGGUGCAUCCACAACUUCAGGACCAUCCACAGGAACAGCACAAUCAACAACACAGUUAUCAACAACUUCUCAUACCACUGGUUUGUCCACAACAACACUACCACCACCAACACAACCAACAACAGCUACACAAAUCACUGGUGCGUCCACAACUACAGGACCAUCAACAGGAACAUCACAAUUAACAACACAAGUAUCAACAACUUCUCAUACCACUGGUUUGUCCACAACAACAGGACCACCACCAACAAAACCAACAACAACUACACAAAUCACUGGUGCGUCCACAACUACAGGACCAUCAACAGGAACAUCACAAUUAACAACACAAGUAUCAACAAGUUUUCAUACCACUGGUUUGUCCACAACUACAGGACCACCACCAACACAACCAACAACAGCUACACAAAUCACUGGUGCGUCCACAACUACAGGACCAUCAACAGGAACAUCACAAUUAACAACACAAGUAUCAACAACUUCUCAUACCACUGGUUUGUCCACAACUACAGGACCACCAACAACACAACCAACAACAGCUACACAAACGACUGGUGCUUCCACAACUGCAGGACCAUCCACAGGAUCAGCAAAAUCAACAACACAAGUAUCAACAACUUCUCAUACCACUGGUUUGUCCACAACUACAGGACCACCACCAACACAACCAACAACAGCUACACAAAUCACUGGUGCGUCCACAACUACAGGACCCUCAACAGGAACAGCACAAUCAACCACACAAGUAUCAACAACUUCUCAUACCACUGGUUUGUCCACAACAUUAGGACCACCAACAACAAAACCAACAACAGCUACACAAACCACUGGUGCAUCCACAACUGCAGGACAAUCCACAAGAACAGCACAAUCAACAACACAAGUAUCAACAACUUCUCAUAGCACUGGCUUGUCCACAACUACAGGACCACCAACAACACAACCAACAACAGCUACACAAACAACUGGUGCUUCAACAACUGCAGGACCAUCAACAGGAACAACACAAUCAACAACACAACCAUUAACAGAGGAAACAACACAACCAACAACACAAUCAACAACACAACCAUUAACAGAGGAAACAACACAAUCAACAACACAACCAUUAACAGAGGAAACAACACAACCAACAACACAAACAACAACACAACCAUUAACAGAGGAAACAACACAACCAACAACACAUUCAACAACACAACCAUUAACAGAGGAAACAACACAACCAUUAACAGAAACAGCACAAUCAACAACACAACCAUUAACAGAGGGAACAACACAACCAACAACACAACCAUUUACAGAGGAAACAACAGAACCAACAACACAAUCAACAACACAACCAUUUACAGAGGAAACAACACAACCAACAACACAACCAUUAACAGAGGAAACAACACAACCAACAACACAAUCAACAACACAACCGUUAACAGAGAAAACAACACAACCAACAACACAAUCAACAACACAACCAUUAACAGAGGAAACAACACAACCAACAACAGAAACAGCACAAUCAACAACACAACCAUUAACAGAGGGAACAACACAACCCACAACACAAUCAACAACACAACCAUUUACAGAGGAAACAACAAAACCAACAACAGAAACAGCACAAUCAACAACACAACCAUUAACAGAGGGAACAACACAACCAACAACAGAAACAGCACAAUCAACAACACAACCAUUAACAGAGGGAACAACACAACCCACAACACAAUCAACAACACAACCAUUAACAGAGGAAACAACACAACCAAUAACACAAUCAACAACACAACCAUUGACAGAGGGAACAACACAACCAACAACACAAUCAACAACACAACCAUUAACAGAGGAAACAACACAAUCAACAACAAAACCAUUAACAGAGGAAACAACACAACCAACAACACAAUCAACAACACAACCAUUUACAGAGGAAACAACACAACCAACAACACAAUCAACAACACAACCAUUAACAGAAGAAACAACACAACCAACAACAGAAACAGCACAAUCAACAACACAACCAUUAACAGAGGGAACAACACAACCCACAACACAAUCAACAACACAACCAUUAACAGAGGAAACAACACAACCAUUAACAGAGGAAACAACACAACCAUUAACAGAGGGAACAACACAACCAACGACACAAUCAACAACACAACCAUUAACAGAGGAAACAACACAAUCAACAACACAACCAUUAACAGAGGAAACAACACAACCAAUAACACAAUCAACAACACAACCAUUAACAGAGGGAACAACACAACCAACGACACAAUCAACAACACAACCAUUAACAGAGGAAACAACACAAUCAACAACACAACCAUUAACAGAGGAAACAACACAACCAACAACAGAAACAGCACAAUCAACAACACAAUCAACAACACAACCAUUAACAGAGGAAACAACACAACCAAUAACACAAUCAACAACACAACCAUUAACAGAGGGAACAACACAACCAACGACACAAUCAACAACACAACCAUUAACAGAGGAAACAACACAAUCAACAACACAACCAUUUACAGAGGAAACAACACAACCAACAACACAAUCAACAACACAACCAUUAACUGAGGAAACAACACAACCAACAACACAAUCAACAACACAACCAUUAACAGAGGAAACAACACAAUCAACAACACAAUCACUAACAGAGGAAACAACACAACCAACAACAGAAACAGCACAAUCAACAACACAACCAUUAACAGAGGGAACAACACAACCAACAACACAAUCAACAACACAGCCAUUUUCAGAGGAAACAACACAACCAUUAACAGAGGAAACAACACAACCAACAACACAAUCAACAACACAACCAUCAACAGAGGAAACAACUCAACCAACAACACAAUCAACAACACAACCAUUAACAGAGGAAACAACACAACCAACAACAGAAACAGGACAAUCAACAACACAACCAUUAACAGGGGAAACAACACAACCAACAACAGGAAGGGCACAAUCAACAACACAAGUAUCAACAACUUCUCAUACCACUGGUUUGUCCACAACAACAGGAACACCAACAACACAACCAAUAACAGCUACACAAACCACUGGUGCGUCCACAACUGCAGGACCAUCAACAGGAACACCACAAUCAACAACACAAGUAUCAACAACUUCUUAUACCACUGGUUUGUCCAAAACUACAGGACCAACAACAACACAACCAACAACAGCUACACAAGCCACUGGAGCUUCCACAACUGCAGGACCCACAACGGGAACAGCACAAUCAACAACACAAGUAUCAACAACUUCUCAUACCACUGGUUUGUCAAUAACUACAGGACCAACAACAACAGCUACACAUACCACUGGUGCAUCCACAACUGCAGGACCAUCCACAGGAAUAGUACAAUCAACAACACAACUAUCAACAACUUCUCAUACCACUGGUUUGUCCACAACAACAGGACCACCAACAACACAACCAACAACAGCUACACAUACCACUGGUAUGUCCACAACUGCAGGACCACCAACAACAAAACCAACAACAGCUACACAAACGACUGGUGCUUCCACAACUGCAGGACCAUCAACGGGAACAUCACAAUCAACAACACAAGUAUCAACAACUUCACAUACUACUGGUUUGUCCACCACUACAGGACCACCAACAACACAACCAACAACAGCUACACAAACCACCAGUGCAUCCACAACUGCAGGACCAUCAACAGGAACACCACAGUCAACAACACGAGUAUCAACAACUUCUCAUACCACUGGUUUGUCCACAACUACAGGACCAACAACAACACAACCAACAGCAGCUACACAAACAUCUGGAGCUUCCACAACUGCAGGACCAUCAACAGGAACAUCACAAUCAACAACACAAGUAUCAACAACUUCACAUACUACUGGUUUGUCCACCACUACAGGACCACCACCAACAAAACCAACAACAGCUACACAAACCACUGGUGCGUCCACAACUGCAGGAUUGUCAACGGGAACAGCACAAUCAACAACACAAGUAUCAACAACUUCUCAUACCACUGGUUUGUCCACAACAACAGGACCACCACCAACAAAACCAACAACAGCUACACAAACCACUGGUACGUCCACAACUGCAGGACCAUCAACAGGAACAUCACAAUUAACAACACAAGUAUUAACAGCUUCUCAUACCACUGGUUUGUCCACCACUACAGGACCACCAACAACACAACCAACAACAGCUACACAUACCACUGGUGCAUCCACAACUGCAGGACCAUCCACAGGAAUAGUACAAUCAACAACACAACUAUCAACAACUUCUCAUACCACUGCUUUGUCCACAACUACAAGACCAUCAACAACACAACCAACAACAGCUACACAAACCACUGGUGCGUCCACAACUGCAGGACCAUCAACAGGAACAGCACAAUCAACAACACAAGUAUCAACAACUUCUCAUACCACUGGUUUGUCCACAACAACAGGAACACCAACAACACAACCAACAACAGCUACACAUACCACUGGUACGUCCACAACUGCAGGACCAUCAACAGGAACACCACAAUCAACAACACAAGUAUCAACAACUUCUCAUACCACUGGUUUGUCCACCACUACAGGACCACCAACAACACAACCAACAACAGCUACACAUACCACUGGUGCAUCCACAACUGCAGGACCAUCCACAGGAAUAGUACAAUCAACAACACAACUAUCAACAACUUCUCAUACCACUGCUUUGUCCACAACUACAGGACCAUCAACAACACAACCAACAACAGCUACACAAACCACCGGUGCGUCCACAACUGCAGGACCAUCAACAGGAACACCACAAUCAACUUCUCAUACCACUGGUUUGUCCACAACUACAAGACCAACAACAACACAACCAACAACAGCUACACAAACCACUGGAGUUUCCACAACUGCAGGACAAUCAACAGGAACAUCACAAUCAACAACACAAGUAUCAACAACUUCUCAUACCACUGGUUUGUCCACAACAACAGGACCACCAACAACACAACAAACAACAGCUACACAUACCACUGGUAUGUCCACAACUGCAGGACCACCAACAACACAACCAACAACAGCUACACAAACCACUGGUGCUUCCACAACUGCAGGACCAUCAACAGGAACAUCACAAUUAUCAACACGAGUAUCAACAACUUCUCAUACCACUCGUUUGCCCACAACUACAGGACCACCAACAACACAACCAACAACAGCUACACAUACCACUGGUAUGUCCACAACUGCAGGACCACCAACAACACAACCAACAACAGCUACACAAACGACUGGUGCUUCCACAACUGCAGGACCAUCAACGGGAACAGCACAAUCAACAACACAAGUAUCAACAACUUCUCAUACCACUGGUUUGUCCACAACAACAGGACCACCAACAACACAACCAACAACAGCUACACAUACCACUGGUAUGUCCACAACUGCAGGACCACCAACAACACAACCAACAACAGCUACACAAACCACUGGUGCGUCCACAACUGCAGGAACGUCAACGGGAACAGCACCAUCAACAACACAAGUAUCAACAACUUCUCAUAUCACUGGUUUGUCCACAACAACAGGACCACCACCAACAAAACCAACAACAGCUACACAAACCACUGGUGCGUCCACAACUGCAGGACCAUCAACAGGAACAUCACAAUUAACAACACAAGUAUCAACAACUUCUCAUACCGCUGGUUUGUCCGCAACAACAGGACCACCACCACCAACAAAACCAACAACAGCUACACAAACCACUGGUGCAUCCACAACUGCAGGACCAUCAACAGGAACAUCACAAUUAACAACACAAGUAUCAACAACUUCUCAUACCACUGGUUUGUCCGCAACAACAGGACCACCACCACCAACAAAACCAACAACAGCUACACAAACCACUGGUGCGUCCACAACUGCAGGACCAUCAACAGGAACAUCACAAUUAACAACACAAGUAUCAACAACUUCUCAUACCGCUGGUUUGUCCGCAACAACAGGACCACCACCACCAACAAAACCAACAACAGCUACACAAACCACUGGUGCGUCCACAACUGCAGGACCAUCAUCAACAAAACCAACAACAGCUACACAAACCACUGGUGCGUCCACAACUGCAGGAACGUCAACGGGAACAGCACCAUCAACAACACAAGUAUCAACAACUUCUCAUACCACUGGUUUGUCCACAACAACAGGACCACCACCAACAAAACCAACAACAGCUACACAAACCACUGGUGCGUCCACAACUGCAGGAACGUCAACGGGAACAGCACCAUCAACAACACAAGUAUCAACAACUUCUCAUACCACUGGUUUGUCCACAACAACAGGACCACCACCAACAAAACCAACAACAGCUACACAAACCACUGGUGCGUCCACAACUGCAGGAACGUCAACGGGAACAGCACCAUCAACAACACAAGUAUCAACAACUUCUCAUACCACUGGUUUGUCCACAACAACAGGACCACCACCAACAAAACCAACAACAGCUACACAAACCACUGGUGCGUCCACAACUGCAGGAACGUCAACGGGAACAGCACCAUCAACAACACAAGAAUUAACAACUUCUCAUACCACUGGUUUGUCCACAACAACAGGACCACCACCAACAAAACCAACAACAGCUACACAAACCACUGGUGCGUCCACAACUGCAGGACCAUCAACGGGAACACCACAAACAACACAAGUAUCAACAACUUCUCAUACCACUGGUUUGUCCACAACUGCAGCACCACCAACAACACAACCAACAACAGCUACACAAACCACUGGUGCUUCCACAACUGCAGGACCAUCAACAGGAACAUCACAAUUAACAACACGAGUAUCAACAACUUCUCAUACCACUCAUUUUCCCACAACUACAGGACCACCAACAACACAACAAACAACAGCUACACAUACCACUGGUAUGUCCACAACUGCAGGACCACCAACAACACAACCAACAACAGCUACACAAAUGACUGGUGCUUCCACAACUGCAGGACCAUCAACGGGAACAGCACAAUCAACAACACAAGUAUCAACAACUUCUCAUACCACUGGUUUGUCCACAACAACAGGACCACCAACAACACAACCAACAACAGCUACACAUACCACUGGUAUGUCCACAACUGCAGGAUCACCAACAACACAACCAACAACAGCUACACAAACCACUGGUGCUUCCACAACUGCAGGACCACCACCAACAAAACCAACAACAGCUACAAAAACCACUGGUGCGUCCACAACUGCAGGACCAUCAACAGGAACACCACAAUCAACAACAAGAGCAUCAACAACUUCUCAUACCACUGGUUUGUCCACAACAACAGGACCACCACCAACAAAACCAACAACAACUACACAAACCACUGGUGCGUCCACAACUGCAGGAACGUCAACGGGAACAGCACAAUCAACAACACAACUAUCAACAACUUCUCAUACCACUGGUUUGUCCACAACUACAGGACCACCACCAACAAAACCAACAACAGCUACACAAACCACCGGUGCGUCCACAACUGCAGGACCAUCAACGGGAACACCACAAUCAACAACACGAGUAUCAACAACUUCUCAUACCACUGGUUUGUCCACAACAACAGGACCACCACCAACAAAACCAACAACAGCUAAACAUACCACUGGUAUGUCCACAACAUCAGGACCAUCCACAGGAAUAGUACAAUCAACAACACAACUAUCAACCACUUCUCAUACCACUGGUUUGUCCACAACAACAGGACCACCAAGAACACAACCAACAACAGCUACACAUAGCACUGGUAUGUCCACAACUGCAGGACCACCAACAACACAACCAACAACAGCUACACAAACCACUAGUGCGUCCACAACUGCAGGACCAUCAACAGGAACAGCACAAUCAACAACACAAGUAUCAACAACUUCUCAUACCACUGGUUUGUCCACAACAACAGGACCAUCAACAGGAACACCACAAUCAACAACACAAGUAUCAACAACUUCUCAUACCACUGGUUUGUCCACAACAACAGGACCACCACCAACAAAACCGACAACAGCUACACAAACCACUGGUGCUUCCACAACUGCAGGACCAUCAACAGGAACACCACAAUCAACAACACAAGUAUCAACAACUUCUCAUACCACUGGUUUGUCCACAACAACAGGACCACCACCAACAAAACCAACAACAGCUACACAAACCAUUGGUGCGUCCACAACUGCAGGAACGUCAACGGGAACAGCACAAUCAACAACACAAGUAUCAACAACUUCUCAUACCACUGGUUUGUCCACAACAACAGGACCACCACCAACAAAACCAACAACAGCUACACAAACCACUGGUGCGUCCACAACUGCAGGACCAUCAACAGGAACAUCACAAUUAACAACACAAAUAUCAACAACUUCUCAUACCACUGGUUUGUCCACAACAACAGGACCACCACCAACAAAACCAACAACAGCUACACAUAGCACUGGUAUGUCCACAACUGCAGGACCACCAACAACACAACCAACAACAGCUACACAAACCACUAGUGCGUCCACAACUGCAGGACCAUCAACAGGAACAGCACAAUCAACAACACAAGUAUCAACAACUUCUCAUACCACUGGUUUGUCCACAACAACAGGACCACCACCAACAAAACCAACAACAGCUACACAAACCACUGGUGCGUCCACAACUGCAGGACCAUCAACAGGAACAUCACAAUUAACAACACAAGUAUCAACAACUUCUCAUACCACUGGUUUGUCCACAACAACAGGACCACCACCAACAAAACCAACAACAGCUACACAAACCACUGGUGCGUCCACAACUGCAGGAACGUCAACAGGAACAGCACCAUCAACAACACAAGAAUUAACAACUUCUCAUACCACUGGUUUGUCCACAACAACAGGACCACCACCAACAAAACCAACAACAGCUACACAAACCACUGGUGCGUCCACAACUGCAGGACCAUCAACGGGAACACCACAAACAACACAAGUAUCAACAACUUCUCAUACCACUGGUUUGUCCACAACUGCAGCACCAUCAACAACACAACCAACAACAGCUACACAAACCACUGGUGCUUCCACAACUGCAGGACCAUCAACAGGAACAUCACAAUUAACAACACGAGUAUCAACAACUUCUCAUACCACUCAUUUUCCCACAACUACAGGACCACCAACAACACAACAAACAACAGCUACACAUACCACUGGUAUGUCCACAACUGCAGGACCACCAACAACACAACCAACAACAGCUACACAAAUGACUGGUGCUUCCACAACUGCAGGACCAUCAACGGGAACAGCACAAUCAACAACACAAGUAUCAACAACUUCUCAUACCACUGGUUUGUCCACAACAACAGGACCACCAACAACACAACCAACAACAGCUACACAUACCACUGGUAUGUCCACAACUGCAGGAUCACCAACAACACAACCAACAACAGCUACACAAACCACUGGUGCUUCCACAACUGCAGGACCACCACCAACAAAACCAACAACAGCUACAAAAACCACUGGUGCGUCCACAACUGCAGGACCAUCAACAGGAACACCACAAUCAACAACAAGAGUAUCAACAACUUCUCAUACCACUGGUUUGUCCACAACAACAGGACCACCACCAACAAAACCAACAACAACUACACAAACCACUGGUGCGUCCACAACUGCAGGAACGUCAACGGGAACAGCACAAUCAACAACACAACUAUCAACAACUUCUCAUACCACUGGUUUGUCCACAACAACAGGACCACCAACAACACAACCAACAACAGCUACACAUACCACUGGUAUGUCCACAACUGCAGGACCAUCAACGGGAACAGCACAAUCAACAAUACAAGUAUCAACAACUUCUCAUACCACUGGUUUGUCCACAACUACAGGACCACCACCAACAAAACCAACAACAGCUACACAAACCACCGGUGCGUCCACAACUGCAGGACCAUCAACGGGAACACCACAAUCAACAACACGAGUAUCAACAACUUCUCAUACCACUGGUUUGUCCACAACAACAGGACCACCACCAACAAAACCAACAACAGCUAAACAUACCACUGGUAUGUCCACAACAUCAGGACCAUCCACAGGAAUAGUACAAUCAACAACACAACUAUCAACCACUUCUCAUACCACUGGUUUGUCCACAACAACAGGACCACCAAGAACACAACCAACAACAGCUACACAUAGCACUGGUAUGUCCACAACUGCAGGACCACCAACAACACAACCAACAACAGCUACACAAACCACUAGUGCGUCCACAACUGCAGGACCAUCAACAGGAACAGCACAAUCAACAACACAAGUAUCAACAACUUCUCAUACCACUGGUUUGUCCACAACAACAGGACCAUCAACAGGAACACCACAAUCAACAACACAAGUAUCAACAACUUCUCAUACCACUGGUUUGUCCACAACAACAGGACCAUCAACAGGAACACCACAAUCAACAACACAAGUAUCAACAACUUCUCAUACCACUGGUUUGUCCACAACAACAGGACCACCACCAACAAAACCGACAACAGCUACACAAACCACUGGUGCUUCCACAACUGCAGGACCAUCAACAGGAACACCACAAUCAACAACACAAGUAUCAACAACUUCUCAUACCACUGGUUUGUCCACAACAACAGGACCACCACCAACAAAACCAACAACAGCUACGCAAACCAUUGGUGCGUCCACAACUGCAGGAACGUCAACGGGAACAGCACAAUCAACAACACAAGUAUCAACAACUUCUCAUACCACUGGUUUGUCCACAACAACAGGACCACCACCAACAAAACCAACAACAGCUACACAAACCACUGGUGCGUCCACAACUGCAGGAACGUCAACAGGAACAGCACCAUCAACAACACAAGAAUUAACAACUUCUCAUACCACUGGUUUGUCCACAACAACAGGACCACCACCAACAAAACCAACAACAGCUACACAAACCACUGGUGCGUCCACAACUGCAGGACCAUCAACGGGAACACCACAAACAACACAAGUAUCAACAACUUCUCAUACCACUGGUUUGUCCACAACUGCAGCACCACCAACAACACAACCAACAACAGCUACACAAACCACUGGUGCUUCCACAACUGCAGGACCAUCAACAGGAACAUCACAAUUAACAACACGAGUAUCAACAACUUCUCAUACCACUCAUUUUCCCACAACUACAGGACCACCAACAACACAACAAACAACAGCUACACAUACCACUGGUAUGUCCACAACUGCAGGACCACCAACAACACAACCAACAACAGCUACACAAAUGACUGGUGCUUCCACAACUGCAGGACCAUCAACGGGAACAGCACAAUCAACAACACAAGUAUCAACAACUUCUCAUACCACUGGUUUGUCCACAACAACAGGACCACCAACAACACAACCAACAACAGCUACACAUACCACUGGUAUGUCCACAACUGCAGGAUCACCAACAACACAACCAACAACAGCUACACAAACCACUGGUGCUUCCACAACUGCAGGACCACCACCAACAAAACCAACAACAGCUACAAAAACCACUGGUGCGUCCACAACUGCAGGACCAUCAACAGGAACACCACAAUCAACAACAAGAGUAUCAACAACUUCUCAUACCACUGGUUUGUCCACAACAACAGGACCACCACCAACAAAACCAACAACAACUACACAAACCACUGGUGCGUCCACAACUGCAGGAACGUCAACGGGAACAGCACAAUCAACAACACAACUAUCAACAACUUCUCAUACCACUGGUUUGUCCACAACAACAGGACCACCAACAACACAACCAACAACAGCUACACAUACCACUGGUAUGUCCACAACUGCAGGACCAUCAACGGGAACAGCACAAUCAACAAUACAAGUAUCAACAACUUCUCAUACCACUGGUUUGUCCACAACUACAGGACCACCACCAACAAAACCAACAACAGCUACACAAACCACCGGUGCGUCCACAACUGCAGGACCAUCAACGGGAACACCACAAUCAACAACACGAGUAUCAACAACUUCUCAUACCACUGGUUUGUCCACAACAACAGGACCACCACCAACAAAACCAACAACAGCUAAACAUACCACUGGUAUGUCCACAACAUCAGGACCAUCCACAGGAAUAGUACAAUCAACAACACAACUAUCAACCACUUCUCAUACCACUGGUUUGUCCACAACAACAGGACCACCAAGAACACAACCAACAACAGCUACACAUAGCACUGGUAUGUCCACAACUGCAGGACCACCAACAACACAACCAACAACAGCUACACAAACCACUAGUGCGUCCACAACUGCAGGACCAUCAACAGGAACAGCACAAUCAACAACACAAGUAUCAACAACUUCUCAUACCACUGGUUUGUCCACAACAACAGGACCAUCAACAGGAACACCACAAUCAACAACACAAGUAUCAACAACUUCUCAUACCACUGGUUUGUCCACAACAACAGGACCAUCAACAGGAACACCACAAUCAACAACACAAGUAUCAACAACUUCUCAUACCACUGGUUUGUCCACAACAACAGGACCACCACCAACAAAACCGACAACAGCUACACAAACCACUGGUGCUUCCACAACUGCAGGACCAUCAACAGGAACACCACAAUCAACAACACAAGUAUCAACAACUUCUCAUACCACUGGUUUGUCCACAACAACAGGACCACCACCAACAAAACCAACAACAGCUACGCAAACCAUUGGUGCGUCCACAACUGCAGGAACGUCAACGGGAACAGCACAAUCAACAACACAAGUAUCAACAACUUCUCAUACCACUGGUUUGUCCACAACAACAGGACCACCACCAACAAAACCAACAACAGCUACACAAACCACUGGUGCGUCCACAACUGCAGGACCAUCAACAGGAACAUCACAAUUAACAACACAAAUAUCAACAACUUCUCAUACCACUGGUUUGUCCACAACAACAGGACCACCACCAACAAAACCGACAACAGCUACACAUAGCACUGGUAUGUCCACAACUGCAGGACCACCAACAACACAACCAACAACAGCUACACAAACCACUAGUGCGUCCACAACUGCAGGACCAUCAACAGGAACAGCACAAUCAACAACACAAGUAUCAACAACUUCUCAUACCACUGGUUUGUCCACAACAACAGGACCACCACCAACAAAACCAACAACAGCUACACAAACCACUGGUGCGUCCACAACUGCAGGACCAUCAACAGGAACAUCACAAUUAACAACACAAGUAUCAACAACUUCUCAUACCACUGGUUUGUCCCCAACAACAGGACCACCACCAACAAAACCAACAACAGCUACACAAACCACUGGUGCGUCCACAACUGCAGGAGCGUCAACAGGAACAACACAACCAACUACACAAUUAACAAAAGAAACUGCUACUUCCACCAUUACUGCUACAACAUCAAAACCAUUAUCUACUACAGUGACAGAAACUUCAACAAAGUUUACAGUCUUCACAAUAUCAACUAAAAGAACAUCUCCUUCCAUUUUACCCCAAAUAACAAUUUGUCACUGCACAUUCGCAAAUGAAACAUUCCCUCCAGGGUCUAUCAUAUACAACCAAACUGAUAAAGCAGACUGGUGCUACACUGCUUACUGCAACUCAAGUUGUUUUGUUGAAGUAACGAAGAACCCGUGUUAUAAAACUACUACAGUUCCAGUUUCAACAGUUCCAAAAGAUUGUAAUGAUGUCAACCGAAAGAAUGGAGAAUCGUGGACUGAAGAAUGUAUGACGAAAACGUGCACAGAAGGGACGGUGACCUCCACCCCUGUACAGUGUGACAUAAAUGAUGCCGUGGUACCUACGUGUGCUAAUGGACUAACACCUGAGAAAGUGUAUUACAACAAUGGCUGCUGCUCUAAAUAUGAAUGCCAAUGUAAAUGCAGUGGCUGGGGUGACCCUCACUACAAAACAUUUGAUGGAACAUAUUAUGCUUUCCAAGGAAACUGUUCCUAUGUGUUGGUCAAAGAAAUUGUUCCUAAAUAUGAUUUCAAUGUCCACGUUAAAAACUAUUACUGUAACACUGCAAAAAAUUUUGCUUGCCCGGAGUAUGUGAUUGUGAACUACAAAUCCUAUAAUAUCAAGAUGACAAGCUAUAGUGAGGAUAUUCAGGUCUAUGUCAAUAAUGAUGUGAAGAUCCCAACAUAUAGUAAUGAAGACUUUACCAUCACCACGUCUGGAAUGGCUGUGACUUUGAGCAUCCCUGAAAUUAAAGCAGAAAUUUUAGUUAAUCAUCAUGGUUUUGAGGUCAAACUUCCAUUCUCUCAAUUUAGUGGUAAUACAGAAGGACAGUGUGGGGUCUGUGACAACAACCCUGCAAAUGACUGCAGACGUCCCGAUGGACAAACAGACGAAUCAUGUGGGAAUAUGGCACAACUGUGGGCAGACAGUCCAGAUUGUCAAACCUCUCCACAACCACCAUCUACAGGCUCCAGCUGCAAUGCACAAAACUGUGAACUCAUCAAAAGCGAUUUGUUCAAGAGUUGCCAUGCAGUGGUGCCCUAUCAAAGCUACUAUGAUGCAUGUAAAUAUGACAUAUGCAACAAGAAAAGUGAAUCAAUGGCCUGUACCAGUCUGGAGGCCUAUGCACGGACGUGUGGUGAGGCGUCUAUCUGUAUUGACUGGAGAAACUCAACUGAACCUAAAGGACUAUGCGACUACAAAUGUCCCGAUCACAAAGUCUACAAGGCAUGUGGACCAAAGGUGGAAAAAACCUGCAGUACAAGAUACAACGAAAUGUUUGUCCACAAUGAAUGCCAAGAUCCAAAGUAUAUGGAAGGCUGUUUCUGUCCAGAUAACACAUAUCUACUUAGUUCAACGUCAGAUCAAUGUACAGCUAACUGCGAUUGCAUUGGCCCCGAUGGAUUAUCUAGACAGCCUGGGGAUUCAUGGACCAUCAACUGUAUAACAUAUAGGUGUUCCAGUGAGAGCUUUGGUGUUGUGCAAGAGCCUGUUAAGUGUCCAGAAACAAAGCCCUGUGGCGAACAAUACAAAACAACUAUAACAAACUGCUGUCCAACAUGUGAAUGCAAUAUGGAGCUGUGUCUUAUGAAGAAAUGUGACACUGGAUACGAGUUAGCAACAACUAAAUCUGAGGACAGCUGCUGUCCAGCCUGUGUGCCCAAAAAUGUCUGUGUUUACAAUGACAAUGAGUACAAGCCUGGUGUUGAAAUCCCCACAGAUUCAUGCAACCAUUGCACAUGUGGAACAGACAAGAACCCACAGACUAACCUAAAUAUUAUGCAAUGUUCUCCAAUAAAAUGUGAACCCUGUGGAGAGGGCUUUGAAGAGGUAAAGGUUGAAGGAGAGUGUUGUGGAAAAUGUAAGCCAACAGGAUGUUUGUACAAAAACGCAAACAACGUCUCACAAAUUCUCAAGGUUGGAGAAAUACACAGUUCUGCAUGCGAGGAGGUGGUCUGCCAGGAGGUUGAUGGAGUGUAUUUGAUUGAAAAGUCAAUAAUGCAUUGCCCGGCCUUUAAUCCAGUUGAUUGUGUGCCGGGGACUGAGAGAAUGGAUGAAAAUGGAUGCUGCAAAAUCUGUGAUCGUAAAAACUGUGCAGUCGUAAGGACCACAGAGAAAGUGAGCGCAAACAACUGCAUAUCCAUCGAUCCUAUAGAAAUGACGUCCUGCAGUGGCCAAUGUGGUACCAAGUCAAUGUAUUCAAUGGAGCAAGGCUCAAUAAUGCACGUCUGUUCUUGUUGCCGGGAGCUGAAAACUAGCAUUAAAGAAGUGAAGCUGAAGUGUCCCGAUAACAAAGUGAUCUCGCACAAAUACAUCUACGUUGACAGCUGUGAAUGUACUCCAACCAAGUGUUGAAGACAUGAAGACCAGAUAACAGAUUAUUUCGCUAUCUAUCCGACCUUGCAUUGAUUAUUUCAGAUUUGAACAUGAUUCUGUUAUAAUUUUAAAAAAUGAUUUGCAAAUUUAAAGAUAAUGCUUAAAAGUAUAGCUUAAACUGUACUCGUUUAACAUAUCUUAACUGACUUAAUUUACUUAUUUUUUUCUUUCUACACUUUUUGAUUCUUCUGUAAUGUUUAAUUAAAUUAUAUAUAAUUAAUUUUAAUGAAGGUGAAUGUUAAACACAAUAAAGUAAGCAGCAAUUGA